AUGUUCAAAUCCGCCUCGGUCGAUCCAUCCUCCGUUGCGAGUGUAACAAUCGGAACGACCCACUUUGUCAACGCGGUCGUAACUCGUGACCGAACACGUCUCUCGCGAGUCGCAGUCCUUCGUCUUUCUAGUUCAUUCAGCAAACAUGCACCGCCAUGUGUCGACUGGCCAGCUUCUCUGCGUAACAUCAUCCUUGGGCACCAUGCGCUCAUCAAGGGAGGGCUAGAAGUCGAUGGAAGCCUAAUCUCCGACAUCAAAGAGCACGAGAUAGUAGAGCAGUGCAGAAUCAUCAAAGAGAAGGGAAUCAAGAGUAUAGUCGUGAACGGCGUCUUCAGUCCCAUCGAUACGGUUGAGAAGCAGGAAGAGCGUACUGCAGACAUCGUUCGGCGUGAGCUAGGAGAUGGGGUCGAUAUCGUUCUUAGCAAGACGGUCGCAAACCUCGGAUUUCUAGAGCGAGAGAACGCUGCGAUACUCAAUGCCUCUAUUCUGUCGUUCGCCAGGAAAACAAUAGCGUCAUUCCAGACACCAAUCAAGGAACUCGGACUAAACUGCCCUGUUUUCAUCACCCAAAACGACGGCACGAUACUGAGUGGCGAAGCCGCAAGCCGACUACCGAUCCGAACCUUCUCAUCCGGCCCAACUAACAGUAUGCGUGGUGCUGCUUUUCUUGUCGGAAGGCAAGAGAAUGGCGAAGCAAUGAUGGUUGUGGAUGUCGGUGGAACUACCACAGAUGUGGGCUUGUUGCUCGCAAAUGGCUUUCCCAGGCAACAGGCCGCGUACUCGGAGCUUUCGGGUGUGAGGAUGAACUUCUCGUAUCCCGAUGUGAAGAGUAUAGGAUUAGGAGGCGGUAGCUUGGUGAGAAGAGUUGGGGAGAAGAUGCAAGUAGGGCCUGAGUCCGUGGGUUAUAAGCUACCAGAAAAGGCGCUCGUCUUCGGUGGUGACGUUCCAACAGCAACUGACUACACCGUCGCUGCUUCAUCCGAGGUUUCGAUUGGUCAGCCGGAAAAAGUACGAGGGAAGCUGCAAGACGAUGACAUCCAAGCCUUCAAAGCUGAGACGACAAAGAUGCUUGAAACAAUCAUUGACAAGAUGAAGACAUCACCUGAUGAUCUUCCCGUUCUGCUUGUCGGUGGUGGUGCGGUCAUAGCUCCAGACGAGUUGAAGGGAGCAAGCAGAGUAAUCAAACCUCAAUGGUCCGGUGUAGCUAACGCUAUUGGUGCUGCGAUGGCGCGAGUGAGUGCCGUAGUCGACACCGUCAAGUCUACCGAGAAGCAAACACAGAAAGAAUUACUAGCUGAAAUAUGCGAGGAGGCCAAACGAAAGACUAUUGAAGCAGGCGCAUCAGCGGAGACGGUCUCUAUCGUCGAAGUGGAGGAUCUGCCAUUACAAUACGUGGCCCACAAAACGCGAUUUAUGGUCAGAGCUGCGGGAGACUUUGACUUCUCACGAGCUGGAGAUUUCAUAGAUCUGAACGUCACUCAGGAAGGAGGUAAAGUAGAGACUGAGCCAAAGGGUCUGAGCGAUGCCAUUGCAGCACCCUCGACCGAAGAGGCUUCUGACGAGGCCGAUACAGCACUCGAAGUUGACAUCCUCGCGUAUAAGCCCAAAGUGAUCAACCGAGAGUGGUGGAUAUCUGAGACCGAUCUAGACUGGAUCACCAUCGGCUGCUACAUUCUUGGUACUGGCGGUGGAGGCUCUCCCUACUCUACCAUGCUCAGAGUGCGUGGAAUCCUACGGUCUGGCGGGAAAGUUCGCGUUGUCAGUCCAGACGAUCUCAAAGACGAUGCGCGAGUGGGAAGUGGUGGUGGUGCUGGCAGCCCAACAGUGGGCAUCGAGAAGCUAUCCGCUGAUGAGUAA